UUUUCCGGUUGCGGCUCCGCCAUCUUAAUAAAAGUGUGCAUGUGUGAAAAAAUGUCUAUCACAGGGAAACGAGUUGGAAUGAAACCGAAACGAAACAACACGAUUGCGAACGUCAACGAACGGCAGCGGUGAAUUUGUCAGUGGAAGAAGACCAUCGCAACGUUACGAAAGCAAUUUUGUGGCACUGUCAAGACUUUAGAUAAAUUAGCACCGUGCGCUAGCUUCAAUUUCUGGUUGAUCCACGUAGCAUCAUCAAAUUAAUAUAUACAAAAAUGUUCGUGUCAACAGUCUCCCGUAUUGCCCCCGUCGCCAGGACCGCUCUCCUUAACGGUUCAAAGCAAUACUUGCGACCAUUGAGCAGCGCUGUGAUUAGCCAGAGCCAAUCCUUGGCAGCUCAGAACACAACGCCCGUUGCUUUACUGCCACAAAUCAGGUCAUUCCAGACCUCUCCAGUCACUCGUGACAUUGAUUCUGCUGCCAAAUUCAUUGGUGCUGGUGCUGCAACAGUCGGUGUUGCCGGUUCUGGUGCUGGUAUCGGAACAGUGUUCGGUUCCCUCAUCAUUGGUUAUGCCAGAAAUCCAUCGUUGAAACAACAGUUGUUCUCAUAUGCUAUCUUGGGUUUCGCCUUGUCUGAAGCUAUGGGUCUUUUCUGUCUUAUGAUGGCCUUCUUGCUGCUCUUCGCUUUCUAAAGUGUAUGUCAUUGAAAGUUUAUAAACAACAGUAAUAGCAAUAACAACAGCUACACCAUUUAUUGUUUUUAAAAAACAUCCAAGAAUAAAAACACGUUUAUUUAAGUUUAAAACGAAAAUAAAAAUACUAUGAUAAAAAAACCAGAAAUGUGCAGAAUACGUUAAAUCAAAGCGAAAAACCACCCUUACCGAAAGCAGAAAAACAGCGAGUAAAUUGCGAACGAAAUGUAUGAAAGAAGUUAAGCGCCGGAUCGAUGAUAUAGUCAGUUAAUAGAACGAACACCAGCUAGGGCAAUCUCGUUUGAUCUCGGAUCAGUUUAGCGGAAUGGAACGUUUCAAUUAAAAUCACAUACAAAAACACAAGUCUACAGCUAUGAUUUCUCACAAGUAGACCUAUAAGUUUAAAAGCGGGAAGCAAUUUAAAGUUUUAGCCAUGAUGUGUGAGGUCGUGUUUGGCCUGUGAGCGCUCUCGUUAAAAACUAGAAAUACAGGAAACAUUCGAUGCAAUCAAUCAUGGAAUAAUAAAAUGAAUAUGUCUGUGAAGUUGUGUUUUUUGUACGUGAUUUUUAUUGACGCCAAAAGUUAUUCUUGCUCAACUUAUUUCGAGAAGUUGGUAUACAUUCCGUAUGUAUACAUACGUUGCUGCCAACGCAUUUCUUAAAGAAUUAUAUCUAAACAUAAAAAGAAUUGAGUCCUUAUUAUGAUAGUGCUAAUAAAAAUCAUUUAUUGCAUACGAAUUGUAACAUAAAGUAGAUACUGAAUAGUAAUAAAGAUGGAAUUAAUGACUGGAGAA